GCGAUUUCCAAACAUCAAUUAAAUUGAUGAAAUUGUGAUGUAAGUGAAAGCUCUUUGAGUUCCAAAAGUGAUGGUGGUGACCGUCUUAUCAUCUUCGCCGGCCACCUCAGCCGCACAUCCUCCUCCCCCGCCGGAAAACCGCCAAACCCGCAGGAAUACGCGCACCUUCCCGGCAAUCACGCGCCGCCGCCUCGUCGAGGCUCUCUCCCUCUGCCUCGCCGCACCACCGCUCUCUCUUUCCGCCGACGCCCGCGGCCUCUUUCAGAUGCCGCCUCUCCGGCUGUCGAAUCGUUACUACCUGGUGAGGGCUGGAGAGUCAGAGUACGAAAGCUUGGGGAUAAUCAACACCAACCCGGUUGCUAAAACAUCAGUGGACAGCGGAUUGUCGGAGAAAGGUAAGAAGCAGACUGUGAGGGCUGCUCUACAGUUGAAGGCCAUGGGAGCAUGUGAUCGAAAUUGUUGGAUUUGGCCUUCCAUUACUCAACGGGCUUACCAGGCUGCCGAGAUCAUUGCUGCUUUCAACGGGAUCAGCCGUAGCUACAUUGUUCCGGAGUAUAGCUUUCUUGAUGCCCGUGGUCUUGGUGCAUUCGAAGGCAAAAAUCUGGAAUCCAUAUCCGAGGUGUAUGCAAUGGAUGGUAUAUCACCGAGGACAAAGCCGCCUCCCGUAGGCGACGGUACGCCCAACGAGAGCGUAUCAGACGUGUUUGUGCGUGUGACACAACUCAUGUCCAUUCUCGAAACUCAGUACUCAGGUGACACUGUGGUAAUAGUCUCACCCGAUUCAGACAACUUAUCCGUCCUGCAAGCCGGGGUUUUGGGACUUGACCUCCGAAGGCACUCGGAGUUGUAUAUGGGACCAGGUGAAGUUCGGUUCUUGGAUACCGACAGUAUCCCUGCUUAUAAGCAACCUGCUUCUGCUGUUUAUAAAUGUACCAAUCCUCCAAACUGUGACUGAUUUUUUUUUUCUUUUAAUUUUCCUAUUGAAAAAUAUGGCAACUAAAAUGUGUAAAUGGAAUUGAUUUUUUUUUUUCAA